AUUUUGACCAUGGCUUCCGUGUCUGGUGUCUCUGGUGAUUCUUGCUGCUCUGGAUGCAAAUGGAAGGAAUACGAGCUGGUUUCAGUUGCAUACCACAACGAGGAGCGCGCCCAGCAUAUUUUUCGUGAGCACGGAAUCCUUCCCUCAGGCGUCACUUGUCCUUUGUGCAACAAGAAGUGUACGUUCUAUGAGGAUAGAGGCCUGUGGCGCUGCACUUUUUCCUCCAGAGUGCCUAAGCAAAAGAAGUGGCGCAGUUGCUCCUUCAGCAUUUCAGACAAAAAAGGGACUUUGCUUGAAGGCAGUCACAUCAGCGCAUGGCAAAUACUUCUGUUUAUUAAUCUGUUUGUGAGGAAGCAGUGGUGCCACAGCACUGCCAUUCAAAAUCUGGAUAUCUCGCUGAAGACAAGCGUUGACUGGAGAAUCCUUUGUUCAGAGGUCUGCGAAAACUGGUUGGAUCACCAGGAGCCGAUAGGUGGACAGGGAAAGGUUGUAGAAAUCAGUGAGACAUUUUUUGUCAAUCGAAAGCUCAACCAGAGUCGCAAACCAAGUGGGGUGUGGCUUUUGGGGGGCAUAGAACGAGACAGUGACAAGAAGUUCGUGGUUCCCAUCUCAGGACCACCAAGCUCAGAUGUACAAAGACAGGAUGGGGGAGCUCUCAUACCCAUAAUCCAAAAGCAUGUGCUGGCAGGGACAAUUAUCCACACAGACAGUGGGGCAGCUUAUCGUCGCCUGACAGAGUUUGGUUUUCAGCACUAUACUGUUGGUCACAAGGAAAACUCAGUGAGCCCAAUUGAUCAGGAAGUGAGGACGCAAAAAAUCAAACGGCUCUGGAGGGAUGUAAAAGAGUGGUGUGCCCGACCCGGAAGCAAGGCGGAAUAUGCCCACCAGUACCUGGCACGGUACGUCUUCGUGAACUCUGUGCCACCAGAGGAAAGGGUACACCACUUUCUGCAGGCUGCAAGGAAGAUUUACCCUCACCACAGUCAGCCGCGGAACAACAACUAGAUUUCAGCUGAAAUGUGCAGCUGCUCGUCGACUUGUCAGUAAGCCGCACUCAGCCAUGCUGCGAUCGUCGCGCCACCUAUGGUCGGCCGGCCGGCGGCUGUGCCGGGCGGCCUCCUCCGCUGCCGACCCGCCGAGCGGCGCGGGCCCGCCAGCUGGCGAGUAUGACGUGGUGGUGAGCGGCGGCGGUAUGGUGGGUCUGGCAGCGGCCGCCGCCCUGCUCACCGACCCCGUUCUGCGCGACUACCGGGUCACUGUACUGGAGACGGCGACUCCGCCGGCCAACAAACCCCUACCUGACGAAUUCAGCAACCGGGUGUGCGCCCUGAGCCCGGCCACGCGUCGUCUCCUGGAGCGAGUCGGCGCCUGGUCGCACGUGGAGCGUUUCAGUACCACACAGCACAUGCAGAUCUGGGAGACCUGCUCGGACGCUAUGAUUCGGUUUGAGAAUCUUGAGGAGCCGGAGGAUCUGGCCUACAUCGUGGAGAAUGAUGUGAUUUGUCGCGCGCUGCGCCGGGCUCUAGAGGACGCUGGUGGAGAGGUGGCCUACAGCUCUGCCGUAUCUGAGAUUCACCUGCCAACGGUCGGCGCCGCGCCGACUGAUGAUCAGGUACGGCUGCAGCUAGCUGACGGCCGCGAGCUGACCUGCGCUCUCCUGGUGGGCGCCGAUGGCUUCAACUCGGCCGUCCGUCGUGCGAUGGGAGUGCGCACCCUGGGCUGGGGCUACGGCCAGCGCGCCGUGGUGGCCACGCUGAAACUGGCGGACGGUGGCCCGGCCAACACCGUGGCCUGGCAGCGGUUCCUGCCGACCGGUCCGCUGGCGCUGCUGCCCCUCUCAGACACGCGCUCCUCGCUCGUCUGGAGCACCUCGGAUGCUGAUGCGCGCCGUCUGCUGUCAUUUGCGGACGACGACUUUGUGGACGCCCUAAACGGAGCACUGUGGGCCGAACAUGAAGCAGCGCCGGCCGUCCAGUGGGCGUGUGACGCGACGCGCGGCCUUCUCGGCUCGCUGGGUCUGCGCAGCCCAUCUGGACCGGUACAGCUGCCUCCCAGUGUUACCGGGCUGGUGCCGAACAGCCGUGCUGCCUUCCCACUGGCCCUACAGCACGCAGAGAACUACGUGUCACGCCGCGCUGUGCUGGUCGGCGACGCGGCUCGACGCAUCCACCCCUUGGCCGGGCAGGGAGCCAACCUGGGCUUUGGCGAUGUAUCUGAGCUGACAGAGGUGUUGUCUGCGGCUGCGGCGCGCGGGGGAGACCUCGGAGCGCCAGCACAGCUAGCGGAGUAUGAGACGGCGCGUCAGAGGGCGAGUGCGGCGCUUCUGGCACUGACGGAUGGCCUGCAGCGAUUGUACGGGACGGAGCUGGCGCCUCUGGUACUUCUCAGGUCAGUGGGGCUGCAGGUGUGUGAUGCUGUGCCCAUAGUGCGACGACUGCUCAUGGAUAGGGCUAGAGCGUGAACUACCUGUGGGAGAUAGUGUCGUCAUUGGUGCAGGUGUACAUAAGCCGGAUGCGCGUUUGGUUUAGAGGACCUCCGACUGCCGUAGUAUGCAGAGACCGUAGGUCGACUGCGUCGAACGAGUGUGCUGUGCGAGGUGGUUUGAUAUGUUCACUGUUCAGUGCUAUUGUGAGCGGCAGUUGUACCGUAACGGUACCGAUUGACGAUUGGUUUGGUGAUCAAGGGGUGAUUGUAACGCGGCGAACUGUGACGUGACGGUCGGAUGCCUCAAUGGGAAGGCGUCAAGUGAGCUUCAGUUCAGUUUUUUUUUUUUGCUUUAUUUAGUGGUGUGAAUUAGGCUGUAGUGAGUCUUGAUGGAAGAUUACGUUUGAUUGUGGGGCUAUGAGGUGUUAUCAGAUAACUGGAAACAGACGGUGAGAUUGGCAGAACUGGGACAAAAUCGAUGAUCAGUAACGUUAUUGUUCAACUAUGGAAUGCAAUAUGAAUAUCCCGAUUCAGGUCAGCUAUGACAUUCAGAUACCGAGUCUACGUUGCGUUCGUCUGUGCCAUGCGCAUACCUGAGUCGCCAGCAAAUAAACGGAGAUUUUCCAA